CUAUUUGAAACAAAACAAACAAUAUUUUGUUACAGUGUAUAACAGAAUGUAAAAUCAGACACUUUUUGCGCAGAAUGUAUUAUUAUUUUUCAUUUUGCAACAAAAUGCCAAGCCAGCGGUUUCUCCUGGUGGCCUCUUUGCUUUGCUGCCUCUUGGCCGCCAGCUCCAGUCCCCUAAACGACAUAUCGGAUUCGGAUGAAUCAACGUCCCUGGAUCAACAACAAAAGCCCAGAAAACCCCUGGCCACCGAUGAGGACAGCGAAUAUGAGCUUCUCUAUCACUUCGGCGAGGAUGACUCCAUGUCCGACUUUGGGAUAGAGAAACGUCAGCAGGAUCACAACUGGGAUGUCCUAAUCUUCACCCAGCAGUGGCCCGUGACCACAUGCUACCAUUGGCGCGAGGAGAACCCGGACCAGGAGUGCACCCUUCCCCAGAAGAAGGAGUUCUGGACCAUACACGGCAUCUGGCCCACAAAACUCCACCAGAUUGGUCCGUCCUUCUGCAACAACUCGGCCAGCUUCGAUGUGGAUAAGCUGGAUCCCAUCUCGGAUCGCCUGGAGACCUUCUGGCCGGAUCUGAAGGGUGCCUCGUCGCAGGAGUGGUUGUGGAAGCACGAGUGGCAGAAGCAUGGAACGUGCGCCAUGCUCCUCACCCAGCUGGACGAUGAGCUGAAGUACUUUGCCCAGGGACUCACCUGGCGGGAGGACUACAUCAUGUCGCGCAUCCUGGACGCCUCUGACAUUCAUCCCGAUUCGAACAACACCGUGUCGGCGAUCAACAAUGCGAUUGUGAAGGCUUUGGGAAAGAAUCCAUCCAUCCACUGUCUGUAUGACGGCAAGCACGGGAUCAGCUAUCUGUCCGAGAUCCGUAUCUGCUUCAAUAAAUCCCUGGAGCUGAUCGACUGCGACGGAGUGAAGCAGGGCGAUGCUGUGACCGUCGGCUAUCCUGGCGGCACCAUCACCACCAACUGUCACAUCGAUCGAGUGGUCCACUAUCCGAGUCUGCUGCCGCCGCUGCAACGGAAGAGGGACUGGAAGUUCCCGCUAGUGAAUGUCUACAAGCUGCUGCAGUUCCUCAUGUGGUUCACCUUGUAGUAAUGCCUAUGUUGUGAGGGAAGCCUUAUGGAGGUCUCAUCGUUAACUCCACUCUUGUUUGGUUCUUCCACGGGGAUUAAAAAUCAAAUACUUAAUUCUUAUGCUCUAAUAUAGCUGCAAAUUUAGUGAAUAUUACGUCCACACAGAAUAUUUGAAGCCAUCUAAUUAUUUAUUCCCUUCGUAAAGAGAUCUCUAUUUUGUUUUAAUUCGAAAGUGACGAAGGACGCUAUAAUCCCAUUAUUUCUUACAAAAAAAAUGUGUAUUUCUUUUUGCGUAGUCCAUAACCAAACCACACUUGUUGCUAAUUUACUCCAUACUAGUUCUUUAAGUUGACAUUUUGUUUGAUUAAAAAACGAUUUUAUUCCAAAUUUCGAGUUUAUAUCGACCCUAAUGGCCCCCUAGUUUGGGAGAAAGUCAAGUCUAGCUCUUAAGCUCACACAUUUGUUCAAUUAAAACACAUCGAAAUGAUAUUUUGGAAUAUG